AUGUGUAUAAAUGAAAUCUAAAUCGGACUGUGUGUUUUAAUAGUUGUCUAUGGAUAGAUUUAAAAUUAAGAUUAAAAAAGUGAAGAAACUAUAAAUAUUUAUAUUAAAACUUUGGAUAUAAUUAAUUGUAAUUCUUACAAUAGAUUUUGCAUUCAAUAUGAGAUUUUGUGAAUAAUUUAUUUGAUGUUUUGCAUAAAGUGAAAAUUAAAAUGAAUCUGUUAAUAAAUAUCUUAAUAUUAUACAUCUGGUAGAACUUAUUGCAUAGAGCCUUUAGAUUGCAAUUAUUAUAUUGAUUAAUCUCUAUACAAUUCUAUUAUUAAUACAUAAGGUCAUUGAUGUAGAUUAGAAGAUAGAAAAUGUCGAGAUUUAUAAUGCAUCGAAGCUAGUACAACUCUAAGUAGAGAUUAUUAAUGCAAGAUGUUUUAUUCUGGAUAGAUAAACUAUGGAAAAGGUUGUGUGGAGAUAAGUGGGGAAUGUUGAUAUAAUGAUGAUUCUUAUAUAGGUAUUAUAGGAAAUGAUAAUUAUAGUGAGAAAACAAGGAGUGAUUGUUGUCAAAUCUUCUGUUCAGCAGUAUCAGUAGAGUUAACUACAAAUGAACAAUGAGUAAAAUUUCAAUUUGGAAAUGUAAAUACAGGAGUAUGUUCAAAAUAUCAAAAUUGAUUAGUUCUUGUUAAUUGAUGAUUGGAUCAGAAAAUAGAUAUGAUGAGAGUGUAUAUAAUUAAUGUUAAGAAAGAAAAUUUGAGAAUGCUAGUAAAACAAAUAAUAUAGAUGAUUUAGGUAAGGAAUAUCUAUAUACUUGUAUUACAAAUAGGAGAGGAUGUGUAAACUCAAAAGAAGCUAUCUAAUAUUUAUACAGGGAUUGUUUAUGAUUAUAAUGAUGAUAUUUAUACUGAUAGUGAUGGAGAGUGUACAUUAGGAUUAUGUAAAUAAAAAGUAAGAGUUUUUAAUGAUGCACAAAGAAAAGAGAUUAUAAAUGUAAUUUGGAUAGCCAAUUGA